AUGGCGACCGGUGAGAGGCGAUCAAAUCUCAGGUUGCUCAGGACGUCAUUGAUUCUGGACCAAGGCGACACACGCACGACUCGCCAUGGAGACUGUCUCAGACUGUGUACUUACAACGCGAGAACACUUUCCACAGACGCUGACCUGCAUGCCCUUCUCGGAGCUGCAGAGCGCAUCAAGUUUCACGUGAUUGCUCUGCAGGAGACUAAGUGCAGAAGGAGCGACGUACGGCAGAUGAAUGACGGUACAUUCUUCAUUCGUGGAGAGAAGGUUCCGUCGCGAAAUGUAGGCGGUGUUGGUUUUGUUGUGCACACAACUGUCGUCCAUCUCGUCGAUUCUCACGAGAUCCUGUCACCUCGUCUGGCCAUUCUUUGCCUCCGCCCUCUGCGCCAAAAAUCCAUCAGUAUCAUCAACUGCUACUCACCAACAUCAACAGCUGAUGAAUCAGAAUUGGACGCGUUUUACGAGGAGCUGGAGGAAGUAGUCCGCAACGAGAAGUCCUUCUACAAAUUCGUUGUCGGAGACUUCAACGCAAAACUAGGAAAGGCCACAGAAGAGGAAUAA